AUGCCGGGAGCGAAGCACAUCAACGCGAAAAACAACCAGUUUCUCGAAAAGACGCGCUCCAACGCCGGCAAGGCGCGGGUGCGCGCCGCCGACCUCGUCGAGACCGACGAGAAUGGCGAACCCGUCCGCCGCCGCCGCGCCGGCCUCGAAAAGGGAAGGGGCAUCGUCAAGCCGCCCGUCUCGGAACGUGUCUCCAAGAAACCUGCCGUGUCGAGUACCACGCUCUACCUCAUCUGCUUUGUCGUCAUUGGCGGUGUCUUCUUUGAACUGCUGAGACUCUUCCUCUGA